AUGGAGUGGUGUUCUGUACCAUCGUGCUGCGACACCGGGACGGUAGAGCUUGGGCGGCACACUGAGGAGCGCCAGCCGUUGCGUGCUGCGGGGCUGCGGGAGGAGAACUCGGCCCUGCUGGCGUCACUCGCUGAGGCGCGCCAGGCGGCUGCGCUCAAGGCCGGUGCGGCCCGCGAAGCGCAUGCCUUCGCCAACGAGCUUGUCACCAUUUCCCGCGAUGCGCCGGGCCUUCUCGAGCAGGCGCUCGACGAUCGCCAGCGCCUCUUCUCCGACGCGCUCAAAUACCUCGACUUUGCCAUACAGGCAGAGGCGGCAUUUGGUGGAAGUCAGUGGCGAGAGAAGCUCUACCUGGACAAGGCCGACCUUCUGUGGUUUAGUGGCAAACAUGAGGCAGCCUUCAAGGAGUAUAUGGCCUGUCUCAGGGACGACAUCAAUGAAAGGGUCAUCGACGCCUGGUUCCCCAAGCUGCGCGAGCUCGGUCGGGAGAACGAGAUAGACAGAAUAUGCAAAGAGAUGUACCCCAGGGCAAAGGACAAGAGCCAGCAGCAACUCCUUUUGCACUCGUUCUAUCAGUACACAACACUUUCGCACAAAGCGGCCUAUGAGUGGGCCGACCCACAGGAGGUAGAUCGAUUUGUGGCGAUGGAAAAGAGCAUGGGCCGGGGAAGAGACACGUUGCGCAGGAGAACCCUGCCUGUCGCUGGUCUGGCGGACGAGGCGCACCACUCAGAUGACGAAUACGAGAGCGACGACGAAGACGGGGAGAGUAAGCAAAGUGUACGAGAGGAACAACCAGCCAAGACAACACGGCUGGUGGCCCCUCCUGCCCUCGUACUACCGCCUGACCUGGCCGCUGCAGCCAAGGGCCUUUGA